CCAGCAUGCAAAGAUAUCUGAAGGUUGACCAAGGGAGUAUAGUUGAGGAAGGCUAACGUAGGAUCCUGAAAAGAAGCAAAACAAAAUCAGUACCAUUCGGUCUACUUUCUGAUCUCGCGUAUGCGCAGAAGUUCGUCACGUGCUCAGCUAGAGAACAAUCUUUCUUUUUUCUGUUGCAGGUUUGUGCGCUAACAUCUUCCAAAGCAAAAGGAUGGCCACCUGGAUGUCAAUGCAUGCGCUUCUUGUCUCGCUUCUCCUGCUCUCUGUUUCUGGAAUCACCGUCAAUGCGCGAGCCAGUGCAUCUAGUCCGUCGACCAAUCAUAUACUGGGUUCCGUCCCUACAGGAGACUCUUCGUCCCAGAGAGCGGUGCUUCACACUCCCAAACCCUUGCUAUAUCCAGCAUCUCUUUCGGCAGAAGAUACUGCAAGACAAGGAGUUGCUUAUCCAGCCACGUCGACUCCCGCGACCGUUGGCCAUGUACCAGACCAUCAUACAGGAGCUUCUAGUUCUACUCAAGUAGUUGAUAGUACAGCAUAUUCUCCGAGCUAUGCGCCUCCGGGAAGUGGUCCACAGCGCGUGCAUGCUGUGCCCACAUCGUUGACGACACGUCCACCUGGGCAGGCACGAAUUCUUCAGGUCGUCCUUCCAAAGGGGCUGCCGCCAGGUAGGCCUCCAUCGCACCUCAUCCGUCGCGGACAACCGUCUGACGGCACCACAACGUCCAGAACACCAAAUACGAGAAGCGCUGAUGCUCCGUCGAGAACUUGCACCACUCCACGGAAGGAUUUUGUCAGUAUCAGCAAUACAGGGCGACUCCAGGAGCAGUUUGUACGUCAGAGCCCAUCUUCCUACUCCCAGGCGGCUUCAGUUUCUAAAUCAGGAGCAAGUUCUUCAAGUAUCGGCGUUCCAACACCACUGCAUCCCACGUCGUUACUGAAGGAUGAGAGUGAUGGCAGUGACGCGGAUCGAGAAGAAACUCCCGCCGCGUAUACGCGUCGACAGCUGCUGCGGAUGCAGAGCUCCUUGUCGGGAGGGAAAAAUGGAACCAGACGUAUUGCGGGAGCUGUUGCUGUGGAGAAAAGUACGGGUGCGACACAUCAUAGAGAGCAGGAUACCCAUGACGGCACCAUGGCGACGUCAAGUACAUCCGGGCCACCUACUCCUUCUGGAGGUACAUCAGAACAACAACAACACCAUGUCACACGAAGUAGAGUUGGCCCAGCACGAAUCGUGUCUCUGCCACCGACUGCUUCGGGUGCCUUCUCAGAACAACACCUCCUAAACAAUAAUUAUCUGGGGGCGCGAAGAGUUGGUGCUACUCCGCUUUGCUAUGCAGCUACAGUGCCAGCAUCCUCUUCGCAGAUCUUUUCUUCACCCAGUUCGACGCAGAAUGUUGACCCGUCUCCACCUUCUCCUGUUGGAGUUUUGCCUCAUGAGACUGACACGACGGUCAUCAAGGAUCCUGUGAGUGAUGGUCUCGCGGACGCUUUCGGCCAACUAUCCCUGAUGUGUGACCUAGAAAAUUCAGUGAACACCUUUUCCCCAGGUCACGAGGGUAACAGGUUGGCCAGCGUUUUCCAACAUCCCAGAACUGGCCGGCGUCUUCUAGUAGGGUCCUUAAAAGCUGCAUCGAACUUUGACAAACUAAAACGAGCUGGAGUUGGAACGGUUUUAGACUUGUCUUAAGGGUACUUAGAUUAUCACUAUCCCGUGUGGACAGACUAGGCUGAGUGGGGUCCGUGUGGACUCUUCUAUACUGAGUAGGGUCUUCAAGUCCUCCUCUGAUUUCUUGAAGCUGAAGGGGAAAGAAACUAAGACGAAAAUAAGACGGCACUCCUCCACUCGACUUCUUUCAACUGAAUCGUCUUAGUCGGCACUUCUCCACUCGACUAAGGAAACUAACUGGAAGUAGAGUAGUCUAGUCUUUCAAACCCCUGGAGUGGGUACAUACAUACAUACAUACAUACAUACAUACAUACAUACAUACCUCUAAUUGUCACAGGGAAAAUUUGCGGGUUCGGAAGACAUUGAGCGACGCGUGAUACCAGUCGCGGACCAGAAGGAUGAAACGGUUGUCUUGUUUUCUUAUCUGUUGGACGCAGUGCGGUUCUUGGAUGCGGCAUUGGACGAUGGGUGUUUCUUUGCCGACGAUGAGGAGCAUGCUAGCAAAAUCUAUGAAACGAAAAUCUGUUAUCAUUAUCAAGUUUCUUAAGUAGAAAAGUACGAUAAUGAUAUUGAUAAGAGAUUUUGGUUUCAUAAAAUCAGAGGAAAGAUCUUGAUGGACGACUGUUGUAGUUCUCCUGGUGGAGGAACUUCUGGUGCAGGAGGGGGCUCAUCUUCUGCUACAACUACAGAACCAAAUCAACCAGAUGAUGAGAACGACUCCUCAUGUCUCAUGCAGGAACUACUGAGUUCGACCUUGGGCAUCUCCAAGAACGGGUGUAGUCAAGAUAUGCGCAGAUUGCGAGAAGACCUUCAAAAUAGACGGGCCAUGUUCGAGAGCGAAAGUGAGGUCGCCCAACUGGAGAGGCGAGUGCGUGUGCGACAGCGGAACGCCGCGGAGAGAACCAUAAAAGGAGGGUUUCCAUCAUCGUCAAGUAGGAGAGUCGCAGCAUUGACGUCCGCUUUUUCAGCUAGUGAUCACCAGUCUGUUGAACAACAAGGAAAUCGCGCUAGUGCUGCCACUAGCAGUAGAACAACUUCAGCUGGUGGCACACAACUAGUUCGGCAAGGACUGGACGAUGACUCAAGCAAACCGAAAGGUGAACAAGAACGACGCGUGACAGAAGCCGACGCGUUGCGCAGAAAGUGGUCCAUCGCAGUUUUACGUCUCUUCGGAGAACAGGAACUCUAUCCAGUCGACAGACACGGUCUAGUCUGCAUUCAACAUGAAGAGACUAGAAAGUCGACGCACCAUGUUGGUGUUCCGGGUACUAGUGCAAAAUUCGAGCAGGAGGAUGGAGGUUCUGGAUGUCUCGGUCCAUUCCCUAAAGAUAGUAGUAGAGUUUCAUCUUCAGUUUCCUCUGCUGGUAGAAAUCCAAAUGUCUUGGUGAACUGCGUCGCUGGCAAGUCACGCAGCGUAACGGUUGUCCUAGCUUACCUAAUCGUCGUCCAACGUUACACGCUACGCGAAGCCUUACGAACGGUCUUCGCUCAAAGAAGUCGCAUUUACCCCAACGUCGGGUUUUUUCGUGCUUUGCAGCUACUUGAACGCUUCGUACAUGUGGUACCGGUGCCUAGCAUUAGUGAAGCCGAUAUUGCUGAAUUCCACCAAUACCAAAAAGUAGCUAGAGCUCUCAGUCGGCGACUAGCACAACAGCAAGGAUAUUUUCAGGAUUCGAGUUUUGCUGCUCGUUUCAUCCGCGCCUGUACGACUGGAAGCAGACUUGAUGGAGAUCGUGAAGAUGCUCGGACCACAUCAACUAGGAAGGGAACAAGGACAACUAGAUCUAGAAGUUGUAGCACUUUAUUCAGUACAACUGGUGUUGAUCUUCAAGAUGUUGGAGGAGAUGGUGGAGACGAAUUGUACAACGAACAGAGCAAAAAUAGCAGUCUCUCAAAAAGGACCACUUCUACUAGAUCUUCUUCUUCCUCUAGGAGUCCUGGGGAAGGCUCAUCAUCCUCUAGUUCAUCUUCUCCUAGUAACGACUCCUCAAGAACACCAACAGAACUUCUGACGCCUGAAGAGGCGCUCUCUCCACUGUGUAGACGACACGGAGUUAGCGGUCAUUCAGCACGCAAAACGGCGCGGAGAUCACAAACCGAUGAAGGGUGUAUCCUCUGUUAACGACGUCUGCUGGAUAAAGAACUUCGAAUAAAGAAUUGGAAAUCAUUCAUGAGGAACUACAGGAUUAGAGAACGAGAAGAGAUCACGUAAUUCUUCUACACAUAGAUACGUAAGCUGCACUAGAAGCAUUACUCAUCCAUUUUCAACGGCAUCAUUAUUCCUGAUAUUAGAUUUUGGUUACGGCAUUGAUAGAUUGAUGGAUGCUGAUACUUAAUUAGCUUUUCAGUAAAGACGGCCUUGGAAACCAUCACCGGCCCUCCUUUUGAGUUUAUAUGUACUUCUUCAUUUGAGCUGACCACCUUGGGGACAUAUGUAAAAAGUGGCCUCUUGUCUUCUUUCUGCCACUAUAGUGACCAUCAAAGCCGCUGCGGAAAAAACGGCUAGUGCACUGGCUCUAAAGACAUAUUUUCCUUAUUCAAGAGAAUAUCAAGAUUUUGGUCUUCUUCGGUCUGAAUUCUGCAUUUGAGCUGAAGAUAUUUCUCUCUCAGCUCUCUACCAACUGUCUGCUUAAAAUCAUGUGUGAGUUUUCUACUUGGGUCUAGAGGAAGCGCGGUGCAUGAUUAGUAAAGCAAACGUGAGUGAUGUAAAUGUAAUCACUCAAAUAUAUUGACCCACGUGGAGAUUUGAUUGACUUGUAUUAUUUCUUUCUCACUCCGCCCGUUCUCGUUGGGUUCGUGCUCCUUCGUACUACGCUGACAUCCCGUGUCUGGAAUCAACAUUACAGGAUCUUCUAAUCGCACAGUCAACAUUUGUUUGUCGUUUGCUAAAUGUAUCGUGUCUCGUCUGUCGUUGCACGUUUUCAACCACGCAUGAUGUCACCCCAACUAUGCGUGACCACCAAUGUCAUACUCAUCUGGAACCUGUAUGCAGGGGAGCCGCUCGCCUGCGGGUGAGGAGCAUGAAAUAAAGUCCAAUUAUUGUUAUAAGUAGAAGAAAGUAGCAGGAGUAGGACAACGACUACGACUUACACGUAGGAGCAUCAUCAGCUUCCUCAAGGAGCAUCUUCAAGACACUGGCAGUCCUCGUUUUUCAUACAUAAACUCAUGCAUUGCCUGGACAUCAACCGUGUGGUACUAUCCGUCUACUCUUGCAUUUCAAG